CAUCCAAACUCACUGGCAGUGGCAUCAUCAAGAGCAAAGUCCAUUUACAUGCUCUGACAUACCUCCAGGAGUGUCACCAAUGGCAGUUCUAGCACCUGGGUCUUUGUCUCACUCCCCCCUACUAACUUCUAAGUCUUUUGCUCGACGGCCCAUGACGCAUUCAAGCUGUUUCAAUGUCAGUCAAAGGUUGUUUGCAAAUGAGAGUGGACAUUUGUUGGUUUUCCACUUCUCCAGACCCUCAACUUUCAGGACUAGAAGCUUUCAACAGGAUAAUGCAGAGAGUUACGAGGAUGCUAGAUCCGAAGACGUUUUAGAUGAAGAUAGUUUAACUAAUGUGGUGCUUGGAAAUGGGAAUAAUGGACAUAUCGGUUCAGGGAGUUCAUUUCUGGCUAAAAUAGCAAUUGUGCUGGGCAUAGCUGUAAUAGCCACAGUGAUAUCCAUUGGCCUCAAGCAGCCCGUUCUUGGAUCGUCACUUGGAAUUCAGUUUCUGGCUGAAGGUUCAUCCUCUUCAGUAAUGGCUGCAUCCCCUGUUGGUUUUACUUUCAAAGCUUUUGGAUACAGAGUUAUACUUCCAGAAUAUGCACCAGGAUGGAUCUACUUUUGGUUACUUAUGGCUGCUGGAUGUGGACUUUUCAUUAGUGAAGAGGCUCUAAAUAUUUGGGUUGGCAUAACUUUAGCUCGAAUGCUAUCUUUGGAUGGGACGUGGCAAUCUUUUGCUGAAUCUUUCUCAAGAAAUAUUCCAUACAUAACAUCCACAGUUCUGUGGGUCUACUGGGGAGUUUGCAUCAGUGAUCUGAUACCAUUCUAUCUAGGGAAGCUUUUUAGGCAAUCUGGGGCAUCUGAUGAUGUUUGUUCGAGGUUAGGUAUUGGCAAAGAGAAGGCCUUAAGCAUUACUCGCUUGGUGCAAAAAUAUGGCAAUCUCACAGGCUUUGUAGAACGAUUUUCCCUAGGUGUGAGAAAUCCAACAGCUUUCUUGGCAGGGGCCAUGGGCAUAUCGCCAGAGUGCUUCUUUGCUGGAGUCUGUUGUGGUGGCUUGAUCACUCUUCCAAUUCAGGUCAAUUCAGUUCUGUUGCGGAACUUCAUAUUUGCAUGUACAAGUGUGUGUAUGUGGGUUUGUGGGUGGGUGCAUCUGCUUGCAUUACUUCAUAAACAUUUUUUUUUUUGUACAUAUCAAGUUUCCUGUAUUUUUAAUAAGGGAGAGGACAUCCCAUAUGCUGCCAAUUUCCAUGAUUCCCUCAACUACCGACUCUUGCUGAAUGACUAAAAAGGUUUCAAGUCGUGUAGGUUUACAUAGGGGUGACAAUUUGUUUUCGCGUGUCGGGUUCAAGCCGUACCAAGAUAUGAGUAUAAGACUAUAUAGGUUAACCAGAACUUAACUCAUCUAAUUAAACAUAUUAGAUCCUUCAACCAUUACUCGCUAAUUUCUUGUUGGACUCCUAUCGAGUUCUCGGGUCGUGUAAAAUAUUGUCAGCUCUACAUGUCUUGUGUUGGGUUCGAAUUGUAUCGAAGCAUGGGUAUAAAAUUACAUGGACCAACCCUAACCUAACUCAUUUAA